AUGGAUAUAGACUUGGACUAUGAGCGCCCCAAUGUCGAGACCAUCAAAUGUGUGGUAGUCGGAGACAACGCGGUGGGGAAGACGCGACUGAUCUGCGCCCGCGCCUGUAAUGCCACUCUCACCCAGUACCAGCUCCUGGCUACCCAUGUCCCCACCGUGUGGGCCAUCGACCAGUACCGCGUCUGCCAGGAGGUUCUGGAGCGAUCCCGCGAUGUGGUGGACGAGGUCAGCGUCUCGCUACGGCUCUGGGACACCUUCGGGGACCAUCACAAGGACCGUAGAUUCGCCUACGGGAGG